UCGGCUCAACUAUUCCCACAAGCUGCAAACCUCACAUUGGUACAGCACCACUACCAAGGGAACAAAAUCCAAAACCCUAAGCAAUCCAGAAUCAGGAAUGAACACGCAUAAUAAACGAAAAAAAGUUGCACUUUCUUGAGUUCUUCUGCGAAGGAAAUUUUAUUUGUGAUAGUGAUCAGUGAAUAAAUGAGUAGUGGAAAACCCAAAGAAGAGGAACAUGACGGUAUGUCCGUACACUCUCCGUGCAAACCCCCUCCUUCCUCUGCUUCCUCUCUCCCCAAGGAGCAAGCAGCGCAGGUUGAAUUGGAGCUCAGGGUGUUGGAAGCUCUCGAAAUUUAUCCUCCAAUUAAAUUACAAGGAAUACAUCGCCAUUUUGUCAUUUAUGGUCUGAUGGAAUUUCUAAAGAGGAGUUUUGACCGACACUUCUCUGCUGAAGAGGUCCUUCAACUGUUGGAUCGGUUCUACAACUUAGAAAUGCUGAAAACAGAUGAUGAAGAGAUUGACUUGCUUAAUCAUGAAGAAGAUUUCUCCUUACCUUCCAGUUACUUUAUCAAGGAAGAGUCCUAGUGAAACUUCUGAAGUAAAUACAUUUUCUUUCAAACCUGGAUUAGCAUUUCAGUAUUGGAUCUACCUUGUCACAUACAUAUAUAUUGUCAAAUUUAAGACGUUGAGUUGUGAUGAGUGGCAAAUUUAAGCGUUAGAAUCCUCAUUUUAGUCUAGAUUAGAUUGUAUUGAAAUACAUUUGGAUAGUAGAGUACAUUAGAUUAAAUAUACUAAAGGCACCAUCCAUGUAGCCAUGCCCAUGUGGAACCGAUCACUCUUUUUUCUUUUUUUUUAUAUUAUUUUUUCAUUCCCAAA